CUACAAGUUGUGAAAAGAUUGUUUCGAAAACACAAAUGAAAACCUGUUUUGUGCAAGCAUUGGUUCUUACUAUAUAUAUUCUUGGAGUACAAUAUCUGGUAACAGCAGAUAAUACGAGUUUAGAACUCGAAGAUGCAUACUUCAAACUAAAUAAGUACACCGAAGCAAUUAAAACCGUUGAAAGGGAAAAAAUUUAUAUAGAGGAACUAGUUUUAUAUGCGACGAACACUACUGAAAAACAAUUCCGAGACGGAAUAAUUAGGCUAGAAAAUAAGUAUGCAGCUAAAUGGAUUUUAGAUCUCUUCAAAAAUAUCAUUCCAAAUGAUCGUGAUUUACUGCAGACGUACUCUGAGAAUUAUAAACGAGUACCUGAAAUAAGUCGAAAUCUCGAUGACUAUUACUAUGGUUCAGUAGAAUAUGCAAUAAUGAUUAAGUGGGAUGCGAGAUUGAAUUUCGAUUUAGCAACUAACAAAUAUUUGAACAUGUUAGCUUCAACUAAAAAUUCAUCUUUGACAGCAAGUAAUGGGAAGUCGCUUUCUGAAAGAAAAAUGAGUCUGAAACAACUGGAAAAAGAAUAUAAACUGUCUAAAUCACGUAUUAGAACCUUAUACAAUAAAGUGAUUCAAACAGGAGUUACCUAUAGAAUUGUUUACGAAUCUGUUGAGAAGAAUUUAUGGAAAUCGAACCCAAAACUUCAUAAUGUGCAGAAUGAGGUCAAUGAAAUGAAAGCGAUACGCAAAGACUUAAUUCGGGAUUUAGUACAAACUGAAAAAGAAGCUAGAAACACAUCAGAUUCAAACAAACGAGGUAUUUUAGAACGUGAAAUAGAAGAUCUUAUAAAUGGAAUAAAUGCCUUGGAAGAGAAAUUAGAAAAUUCUCAGAAGAAUUUCAAUGAAGUCCUUGAUAACUUACGUUUUGCAAGUCCGGUGUUUAAAGCUGCAGACGAAAAGAACCUUGAUACCACCGAUAAAUUUCACAAAGCGUUAAAUGAUCACCUUGAAAUAUUGAAAAAUCUGGAAAUUCGAAGAAUAGAUGUCCUUGAAUUACUUUCAUCGAAAGAAAGAAUACAAAUGUACGAAAGUAUACUACAAGUAGAAUUAAACUCAAUUUAGCAACCGAAAAGUAGUGCACUGUCGACAGUUUUUCCUUAUAGGAAACCAGAAUAAUGCAUGAAUCAAUACCCAAACAAAAUAUUGUUCUCAAACUGUUUUAUUAAAUAAUCUGUUAACGCUUUUGUUAAUUGAAAAAUUGAAAACUGUCAUUGUUCAUUUA